AUGAUCACACUUCCAGAGCAGCUGGAGAAGCUGUCCAAGCAGGAAAAUCUCAUUGCACAAGGCGCUGAGUCGUUGGUGUAUUCCGCCCAGCACCCCUACCUCCCCCAACAAGAAUGCAUCGUUAAAUACAGACCCAAGAAGCCAUAUCGUCUUCCGGAACUUGAUGCCCAGCUCAGCAAACACAGAACGCUGGCCGAGGCCCGGGUGUUGCAGAAGCUGGCUCUUGGAGACGUGGAAGUGCCCCAUCUGGUCUUCAUCGAUGCCAAAAACGGACUCAUCUACAUGGAGAAGAUCGAAGGUCUGAGUGUGAAGCAGUGGAUCUGGAACGAGGAGGGAGACACCGAAGGAGGGGCCCAGGAGGCCGGAGAUAAGAGCAGAUCGUUACCGGAUGGUGACGUGUCUUCUCUGAAGGACACCCUGGUUCUUGUCGGCCAAGAAAUCGGCAAGUUGCAUAAAUCUGACAUUGUCCAUGGCGAUCUGACCACUUCGAACGUCAUGUUGAGAGACGGCAAGCCUGUCAUCAUCGACUUUGGACUCGCUUCCGUGUCCACUCUGGCCGAAGAUAAGGCUGUGGAUCUAUAUGUCAUGGAGCGAGCCGUUCUCAGUACUCAUCCUGUCCACAGUCAACAGUACUGCGACUGGUUGUUUGAAGGAUACCUGGCUGUUGUCGGCAAGAGUCAGAAAGAGGUGAUGCGAAAACUGGAGGAUGUUCGACAGCGAGGACGAAAGCGGUCCAUGCUAGGUUGA